AUGGAUGAAUAUAUAAUAGAUAUGUAUGAAAUAGAAGACAACGUAACUAUAGGUAAGAUAAACUUAAAUGAAGAAAUAAAUAAAAAGUCUGCAGAAUAUUUUAAUACUGCUAAAAGUUAUAUUGAAAAAAAAAAAUUAAAAACUUGUGAAAACUUUAUUACUGAAAUAUUAAACUUUUUUAAGAAAGAACCAUUUGAAUAUAUAAUAUUUAUGACGAUCAAAAUUUAUUGUAAUUUAAGAUUACACUCUUAUAAAUCCCUUUCCACUGAUUUAAAUUCAUUAGGGAAUUUGGAUAAUGAUGAUUAUAAAUUUGAAACGUUUUCAUCAAAAUACAGGAAAAAAAAAGGCUCAAUGAUUCCAUUUCUACUAAGAUUAAUUAAUUGUUAUUAUCCAUAUACUUUAAGUUUAUAUUUUACUUCAUUUGAUAGAUUAUACUUAUUGAUACUAAAUUAUGAAAAUAUUAUUAAAAUGUGCAAUGACAAAAUAGAGAAUAAUGAAAGUUACAAUAACGCUUUUUUAAGAAAAAAGAGCAUUUUUUUUCAUUAUUUAAUUGUAACAUGUUAUGUAUUAUGUGAUUUAUUAUUAAAAAAAAAUUAUAUAGAACAAGCAAUACAGUUAUUAAAAGAUAAAAUAUUAUAUUAUGAUCCUAAUCAUAUAAAUACAAUAUCUUUAAUAGGAAAAUUAUCGUUACUUAUUGGAUGUUUUGAUUCGGCUAAAUUUUCUUUUAAUUUAACUAAGAACUUAUCUGAAAAUAAUAACUGCAACCAUAUUAAAAUGAAUAACAAUUUUUUUAAUUUAUUCUUGGAAGAAUAUGAAAUUGCAUUAAAUGAAAUUUUACUUAUAUAUUCAAAUAAUGAAUAUCAAGAUAGUAAUGCAGUAAAUGAUUAUUCAAUUUUCUGCAACAAUUUAGCAAUAACAUAUUUUUAUAAUUCAGAUUUAAAAAAAUCUGUACAAACUUUAGAAGAAGCGAUAACGGACAAUUAUUUAAAUUCUUUUCCAUCUAUGGUCAGAAACCUCAAUUAUUUCUAUGAAUUAUCAAAAACAAAAAAUGAAACAGUUAAUAAAAUAAAUGAUGUAAUUAAAAAUAAUUUAAAUGAAGAUCAGGAAAUUUUAUCUUUAAUUCCAAGGAAUUGA